ACUAUGAACAAGCAAAUAAGAAAGUUCAUAUCUAGAACUGUGGUCAUAUUAUAUAAUUGAGAUACUAUCCACAUUCUUUUCUUAGUGGAUGUCUAUAACCAUGUUCCUUGCUGGAGGUCACAAAGCUGAAUCCUCCAAGUCAUCACGACUGGGCCGCCAGCUUACUUUUUCCGAGAUACAGCUAGCAACCCAAAACUUCGACGAGUCAUUGGUGAUUGGCCGUGGGGGGUUUGGCAAGGUAUACAGGGGAACCAUCACUCAUGGGGGAAGUCUUUUAGAAAUUGCAAUAAAGCGGCUGGAAUCAACCUCUAAUCAAGGAGCACUGGAGUUUUGGGCUGAGGUUGAGAUGCUCAGUAAGUUAAGGCACUGCCAUUUGGUAUCUUUGAUUGGUUACUGCGAUGAUGGACAAGAAAUGAUCCUUGUUUAUGAGUAUAUGCCUCACGGAACCUUUGAAGAUCAUCUCCACAAACGUCUAAGUUCUCUCCCUUGGAUUAGACGACUCAAAAUAAGCAUAGGGGCUGCUCGCGGGUUAGAUUAUCUUCACACUGGUACAGGUAUUAAGCAUGGUGUUAUACAUCGUGAUGUCAAAAGCUCAAACAUUUUGCUAGAUUACAAUUGGGAAGCUAAGAUUUCUGACUUUGGGUUGUCCAAAAUAAGUCCAAUAAACCAGCCAUCUACCUAUGUCAAUACUUUGGUGAAAGGCACAUUUGGAUAUCUGGAUCCGGUUUACUUUCAAACAGGUAAGCUGACGAGAAAGUCUGAUGUUUAUGCCUUUGGGGUAGUACUAUUUGAAGUCCUGUGUGGGAAACGAGCAGUAGAUAGAAGUCUUGAUGAAGAUCAAUGGGGUUUAGCAAGUUGGGCUCAAGAUUCUAUUAAACAAGGUAGGUUAAAGCAAAUAAUUGAUUUCAAUAUGAGGGGGAUAAUAUCACCCAAAUGUUUGAAGGAGUUUAGUCGGUUAGCAGAGCGGUGUGUGCAUAGCCAUCCGAAGCACCGUCCUACAAUGGCUGAGGUUGUUGUGAGUCUCAAGUCUAUCUUAGCUUUACAGAUGAAGGUCAAUAGUGCAUUGCAGCCUGUAGGCCUGACAGUAUUUGCUAAAAAGGUGUCUAUGUCUGUCUUUCCAUCUAAUGUGGAAAACUCAGUUAGUCUAAAAUCCUUGGAGUUAUACCUUGACACUAUUCAAGGUGAUAACCAGAUAUUUCGACGGUUUGAUUUUGAUACCAUCAGUGUUGCAACCGAUACCUUCUCUAAAGCUAAUACGGUUUUACUUAAUCGAUAUGAUACCAUGUACAAGGGAAGGCUACAAAAUGGACAGGCUAUAGCAAUUGCCGAAACUUCUCUCAGUACUCCAUCAUAUAUCAAGUACUAUAUGCGUGAAGUAUCCAUACUUAUAAACUUUGAACAUGAAAAUUUGGUCAAGUUGCUUGGAUAUUGCAUUGAAGGAACAAAAAUGUUCCUCGUGUAUGAGUUUACACCGCAUGCAAGCCUGGAUCGCUUGAUAUUUGAUCCCAUGUGUACUCUUUUGGACUGGAAUAUACGGUUCAAAAUAAUUCUAGGUGUUGCUCGGGUACUUGUUUACCUUCACAAGCAUGCUCCUGUUCGUAUCAUACAUGGUGAUGUAAAACCUGAAAAAAUUCUCUUAAAUGAAAGUAUGGCACCCAAACUUUCCGGUUUUGGGCUGGCGAGUCCAAUCAACAAGACUGACUGUAUGCUUGAUAAUGCUGUUCACGGUACCUUGGGAUGCAUUGCACCAGGGUAUCGAAGGACUUCACAUCUGUCAACAAAAGACGAUGUCUUUAGUUUUGGUGUGUCACUUUUGGAAACUAUAAGUGGUCGUAGCACUCUCAAUCAACUUUCCAAAACCAAGCAUCUUUAUGAAUAUGUGUGGAGAAAUUGGCUGGAAGGAACACCUAUGAAUGUAGUUGAUCCUAGAAUUAAUAUGGAUUCAAGUUUGAUGUCCACGUUCAUCGAGAUUGGGUUAUUGUGUGUUCAAGCAAAUGCAGUGGAUAGGCCAACAAUGGAGGAAGUUGUGGGCAUGUUGCAUAGUAACUCAUCUCUCACUCUCCCUGUGGCGCAAAUGCGAUCAAGGAUGAUAAGAAAGCGCUCAGAAUGUACUAAUUCCCAAGUUGACGACUACGAUACUGGUGAAGUUGAAGAAUCCUUAUCAGAUUUAUACCCUAGAUAGAUAGUGCAUUGAGUUAUGCAAAUUAUAGUAACUAUGUUUCUUAAAAUACCAUAAUAUUGGCAACUGCUAAUGGAUCAAAUUUUGUAUAGACUCGUGUUCAACGAAAGUCAUAUCAUGUGUAGGUCAAUAGGUACUCUAAUGAAUCUGAAUUACAUACAAG